ACUGCUAUUGUCUCGUGAGCUGCUAGUCCUGAUUCACUAAUUAAAACUGUAGGAUACUAAUACCAGUCUGAUCACAAAUAUAAACCAGUUUGUAAUAUAUUUAGCCGUAGAAAAUGAUUAGUAUUAGUGAAGUCUCACACAGUUAAAGAAAGGACAACGUGUCUAUUGAAUUACAGGACCAGUAAAAUCCACUGAUUUGGCUAGAUUUCUAGUUUCUCAUGGCCCUAAAGCUGAGACGAAGGCGAGAAUUAAGCACACCGAGGACUGAGGAGAGCAGAGCACGCUGGAGAUUGACCAUUAUUACCGUGUGCUGUGUGCUAGUCAUCCUAGCAACCUUGAUAGUGGGGUUGUACUUUACCAUUAAGAUGCUGAAUACCAAGUUUUUUUUCUGCUCUGGCUCGCUGAAGUUCAUUUCAAUAGAAAAGGUAUGUGAUAGAAAGGCUGACUGUCCAGGCCGUGAGGAUGAAAUCACAUGUAUAUCCAAACUGCAGACCAAUGACACACAUCCAGUGAGACUGAUGGGGGAGAGACUGGUCCUGCAGGUGUUUAAUAAGGGUGGAUGGAGAACAGUGUGUGCUGAUAACUGGAGGACAAAGCACACAAGGUUAAUCUGUCAACAACUGGGCUAUACAGCGAGUCCACGAAGUACACGAGUCCUGGUGAAGAGUCUGCUUUUCAACUCUCACAAUGCAUUUGCUACAGUCAGCAAUGACUCAACACACUCUGACAUCCAGCGUUUGUUCUCAGUCAGUGACCGAUGUCUCUCUGGCUCAGUGGUGUCUGUGUCCUGCUCAGACUGUGGAGAGGUGGUGGGAGAGGACCGUAUUGUUGGUGGGGUGGACACCGAAAUUGAACACUGGCCGUGGCAGGUUAGCCUUCAGUGGAACCACCAGCAUGUUUGUGGAGGAGCAUUACUGUCCCUGCGCUGGAUCAUAUCAGCUGCUCACUGUUUUACAGGCCAGACACAAGAGCUGCGGCGAUGGACCGUGGUUUUGGGUCAGACCCAAGUGGUGGCUUCCAGGGGUGUCAGCGUAGAGAAGAUUGUAGUCCACAGUUACUACAGCCGCUUGAGUAAUGACUAUGAUAUCGCCAUGCUAAAACUCACCCGGCCCGUCACUGUUGGGGAAUCGAUCUUGCCAGUUUGUUUACCCCCACACCAGCUGUCUGUGAAGGAGAUGCUUGUGGUUACUGGAUGGGGAUUGUUAAAGGAGAAAGGUGAGCUGCCCUCUGUGCUGCAGAAAGCUUCAGUGCCACUGAUUGACCGGUCCGAGUGUUCCAAGCCCUCUGUUUAUGGUUCUGCCAUAACUCCCAGAAUGCUUUGUGCUGGAUUCCUUGAAGGAAACAUUGAUGCGUGUCAGGGGGACAGUGGGGGUCCACUAGUGUACCCGGCAUCUCGUUGGAAGUUAAUGGGUAUAGUGAGUUGGGGAGUGGGCUGUGCACGGAAUGGAAAACCUGGAGUUUACACUGAUGUUAGUCAAUUUCUCAGCUGGAUCUACACCGUAAUGAAGGGACCUCCAUGAGAAGGUGAACCAUGGAGACAUCACUUCAUGCUUUUGUGACACGAGGAAAAGCAACAGAUCACCUCAGUGUUACUACAGAAAUAUGUUCUGGAAUCUAGUUCAAGUUUAUAAUUAUUCUGAUGACUAUUUUAACAUGUAUUAUGUCAUGUAUUUUUUCCAGUCAGUACUGUAUGCUCUUUUAUAAAGCUAUUAAAGUAUUCUGUAUUUUAAUUUUUCUAACCAAAAGCUUUUAGAAAGAUAAAUAAAAUAAAGCUCUCACUUGAUUCAUUUACCAGUCCCGCACACAUCACAACCUUUAUUUUAUCCAAAACAAUUUAUUUUAGUUGCUGCUUAUAAUAAAGAAAUGUAGGCAUUACUGUGAAGUCCAAUGGGUAUAACAUGCCUGCACACUGGCUUAAGGAAACAAUGGAAUCAAGAAUUCUGGAUUCUAGGCUGAUUGGACCAUCUAGUACAGCAUGUCUUUUACAGAGAGCGAUGUCAAACAAUGUCUACUGUCUGUAGAUCUGGAUUGAGGUAAAUUCCAAGUUAGUCAUUUUCCAAACGUAACUCCUCCAAGGUGUUGUUCCUUCUGACUCCGUGGACCGUAAUCCUUGAGAGCCUCUCUUCUCUUUGACUUUUUCAUUUAGUUUCAACAGUCCGGUGUAGCUCCGUGUUCGUAAACAAUCUGAAUGUAUCUGAUCCAGGUUGGUUUUAUUUUUUUACAUUGCUGUAGUGGUACCCCGAUACACUGUGCAGUUUGCAUGCAAAUUACUGUAAAAACAAUUUACAGAAGUUGCACACAGAGUUUUAUUCAAAAGCAACACGUUUGUGUGUAGCAAUUUAAGAUACUUUACCAGCCAUCUGAGUGAGUUAAAUUAUAAACUGAAAUUCAAACCAGCAAUCCACACUUUAUUUGGUUUCUCCCACAUUCCCUAUUCUUGCUUUGUGUCUGGCAUUUCCUCAUUCUAGUUUUCCACAGGUGAGCUGCCCUCAACAUUGCAGUAAGCUUCACUUAAGUGUGAACAGACACACACCAUCAAGUUGUGUUUUUGGCUACAUGAAAUUGGUGUUUGUGAGGUCUCGGGCGGAAAUUUACUUCAGAUUCCAAUAGAAAAACAUGAGAUAUAUUUACAGACAAAUACAGCUCUUUAGGAAAAACAUUCACAUCAGAUAAUGGUGGACAUUUUAUAUUAGUCUGUGGUUUGGUUGUAAAAGGAAUUAGGCCAUGACUACCGCAAAGCAUGACAAAUACUACAACCAAAACUGGUGCAGUAUGUUAAUUAAAUAGUGCAUUAAUAAAAUGAAGACCGCAAGAAGGAUAAUAUAAAUUAGAAGAUCUAAGAUCCUAAAGCCCAAUUUCAAAAAGACUGUCUAACUUUUUCAGCAAACAACCUGAAAAAUCCUUGACUCUUCCAAAAUCUUAACGUAAAAUGCAGAAAUAUUAAGUGUAAAUUUAGCACAACACUAUGAUGAAAAUAUCUGAAUAAGAGGUAGAAGUGCUUUGAAAAUGAAUGAAUGUACCGUUCCAACAUUUCUCUCAUUAAAAGAAGCUGAAGAGUUGUAUGAAUCACUCUGAAUGUGUAUUGCUUUACUGAUCUGUGCGCCAUCACACACACAAAAAAACCCACCUGAGCAUCAAUGACAUUAUAUAACAACUGUUUGUUAAAGUGACCCUUUAACAAACCGAAUUACAAUCACUUAAAACUACAACCGUGCAAUGUUAAAUAAAAUCUGUGUUUCCAAAUGAAUAAAAAAAUAUAUAAACCUAAAUGCUGUUUCGAUAGACAAUUAGUGAUAUUACACAUGGAGAGGAAAGCUCCUGGAUAUAAUGUAUAGUAUAAACUGCUUAUAGAUUUUUCAGGUCCAAAUACAAUAUUAAUUUACCAGAUUUCUCCUAGACUGUUUUUUGCGCUAUAAGUCUAAUUAACAAAUCCACAAUCUGAGUUUACAAAUCUAGACUAGACUACUGUAGACUAGACUAGACCUCUGACUAGUUUAUCUGGAGUUUACUCCUUUUGGCACUGAAUACAAGCCAAGCUGCAGAGACCGAAGUCUCAAAACAAGCAGCUUUUUUCAGGGAAGACUUACGUGUAUUUUGUUACCUACAUAAACCAAGAUUCUUGGUUGAAAUAUAUCUCACUAAAUAAUAGUUUACUAAAAGAGGUAACCUAUCUUUUUAAAUGACAGGAUAAUCUGCUGUUGGUCAUUUAUAGUUGACAUUUUGUACAGCACCUCUGUAGUUUUAUUAACAGACUAUUGGUACAUUAUCUAUUUAUUAAUGUUAUUUCAUAUCUAACUGAAUGAGCAGACCUCACCAGACUUAAUUGACAUCACCCCCUUCUUUGGUAUCCUCUGAAUUCCCCUAAAUCCUUCAAAUGAAAGUUUGAAAUGCUUAUUAGCUAAACUUCUGAAAAUCUGAGACCUAUAUCAUGUCUCAAUUAUUACAUCUAUAUUAACAUGAUAUAUACUGUUAUCAUUUAUUUAGCUGAUUAGCAUGGCUCUAUAAUGAUGAGUUUAUUGCCUUUAAAUAUUACAUUUUCAUUAUGUCAUAGGGUAAGUUGCAUGGUUUUCAGGUAUG